AGCACCUCCUACACCAUGUCUAUCUCUUUACCCAACGGUACUUUCAUCCCCGCUCCAUCGGCCACUGGUCCAGUUACCGCCGCCGUCACGCGGAUCCUCCACCUGACCAAUUUCUCUCCAGAAUUGAAAACGCGUGACUUACAAACCAUGUUCAAAGAGUGGGAGACCGAGAAAGGUGGUUUCAGGAUUAAAUGGGUUGACGAUACGAACGCACUUGUCGUUUUUGGGGAUGCCAAUAUAGCGAAACGAGCGUAUCUCUAUCUCUUACUUCAUCCUCCUACCAUAUUCCCCCCACCUGCUCAAAUCAGACCAUACGAUGGACCCGACGCUGCGCAGAUCAUCGCCGCCCUCUCUGCCCGAG